AUGCCAACUAUCAUAGGCAUGCUAUUCUUCCUUACGUUGGACGCUGAUGGUUUCGCUACUAAUACCGCCACCGAUGCUGCUGCUGACGCUAAUACCAACAAUUAUGAUGUAGCGGACUUUCCUGAAUCAUAUUUCACAGAUUCGAAUUUCACUGAGUUUGAGCCUGUCCAGAAAUUUCCACAAGCUCUCCCUCUGGACACCUUAAAUCCUCUUUGGACCUCAAAUACAGAUAUCAGCCAGAGUAUAUGGAAUUUUGGAGACCGUAACAUGCUAGGGAGUGCACCUAUCGAUUUCAGUGAUGUGGAUAUGAACAAACAGAGUGAAAAAUAUCCCUUGGUCAACCAAGAACCAGAACUAUCAAGGGGAUCAAACCGUUCAUUUUGCUCACCAAGUGAUAGUGAUGGCCCCUUUCCAAUCUCAGGCGAUAAGUGCAGCUGCUUGCCAUCAAUUUAUUUGUCACUAUCGGCACUGCAACAGUUCCCAAGUGAGAUUGAUGAAGCUUUGAAGGUCGUUCGUGGCGCCAGUAUUGUGGCAUCAAAAGCUAUUUGGUGUCCCUCAUGUGGUGCGAUAGCUUUGAUCUCGCCUACACCUCCUAUCGAAGCCUUUCAAAAUAUGAUGCUUAUUGGAACUAUACUGCCUAUCAUAGCAAAUGGGUAUGGCCGCUUAUUAAGAAUGGUUGACGAAGCGACAGCUCAGGCAAUUGCCAAAGGUCAGACCAAAGUUUUUAGAUAUCUUGAGUACGGCGGGUUAUGCGAGCAUCAGAAGCCACUCCACGAGGCAGCAGAGUGUAUCGGAAAGGCAUUGCCUAUGGCAGAUAGAGAAAUGCAGCCAGCAGAGUGGCGAACUACCGUGAGGGCCUUAUUACGAGCUGACAUUUAUGGUCACGACCAACCCGGGUUCAAGUACAAAGGGUUGAGAGACCUCAUUUCCGAAAUGGAACAACGUCAGAACGCUCGUCACAAUAUAUUAGAUGCACAAGUUGCAGCUGGCGUGCGUUCAACGGAACAUGAUCACUUUCCAGAUUUGAAGCUUGCAGAAUUGAAUAUUAAAGAAUGCUAUGGAGAAAGAACAAAAGGUUGUUUGGAGAUCCUCAAAAUGGCCAAGAUGGCUGUAGACAGUAUCGUCAUUGCAUAA